AUGGCUGAUAGGCCGCUUCAGGUUCCGGACGCCCUCCAGGAAUUGAAUGCCGCAGCCAACCGGGGCUUGAAUCCCGCCAAGGGAGGAGCCCGAAAUACCCCUGCAGACUACCAGGUCUUCUACUUAAACAUUCUUGUCUUGGAGGCAAAGCCCUUUGAACAUCCCGGGCACUCCCCCGUCGGGACACAUGAGCUGGGCUUUACGGUGCUGAACCAUUUGGAUGAUGAGGAUGUCCAUCGCAUCUUCUCUCCUGCUCACCCGAAUGCUGGCUAUGUGAGCCACCUGGCCUGGGCCGUGCCGGCGAAGCUCAAGCGAAUUGGCGCCACCGCCACCGCGGAGCUCAUGUACAGUUGUGGAUCUUUUGCUGCCCUGAAGGUUACAAUUCUGCACGCGAACGAGACCGUCAUGAACUCGCACAGGUUGAUUACGUUCUCGCAGCUCUUGCACUCCUGCACAGGGUGUCAGCUGGAAACCAGCGACGAUGUUCUUGAUAGCAUGGUGCAGCUUGUCCACGAGAAGCUUCCCGAGAUGCUGGAGGAUGACGGCAUGCUCGUGGAAAUCGUCACGCAGCCGGGCCUGCAGGAGGAGGUUGAAUAUAUUGAAAAGGUAAAGAAGUUGAUACGUUCUCCACAGUCUCAUCAUCGAUGUGAGUACUGCACGCCAGCUUCACUCAGCGGAUGUACAGUUUCCUGA